GAGGCUGUCCUCAGGUGGCUGUCAUUUCACGAAAAGAAGAACCGGCAGAGUGGCUGUCGCAUGGAGGGGUUGCAGGGCCGCGUGGUAAGGACCCCAGAGUGCCUGCAGAGAGCAGCCCGGGCCGAGCCCUGGUGCGGUGCAGGAUGGAGGACUCUGAUAGAUCGCUACGGAUAAAACCCAAGGAGGCUGUCCUGGGAUCAUCCUCGGGUGCAGGGUCCGUGGAUGCCCAGAGGUGAGACCGCGCGGAAUUUUGAAAGGAAAUUUCAGUCUGAGCAGGCAGCUGGCUCUGUUUCCAAAAGCACGCAGUUUGAGUAUGCCUGGUGCCUGGUGCGAAGCAAGUACAAUGACGACAUCCGAAAAGGCAUCUUGCUCCUGGAGGAGCUGUUGCCCAAGGGGAGCAAAGAGGAGCAGCGGGAUUAUGUCUUCUACCUGGCAGUGGGCAACUACCGUCUCAAGGAAUACGAGAAGGCUUUGAAGUAUGUGCGAGGGCUGCUGCAGACUGAGCCCCAGAACAACCAGGCCAAGGAGCUGGAGCGCCUCAUUGACAAGGCCAUGAAGAAAGAUGGACUAGUAGGCAUGGCCAUUGUUGGUGGCAUGGCCCUGGGUGUGGCAGGACUGGCUGGACUCAUUGGACUAGCUGUCUCCAAGUCCAAAUCCUGAAGACAGCCUCACCCGCUCUCUGCCCUGGCGCACCUGGGAGCCUGGGGACACUGGAAGAGGGUCCUGUCCAUCCUUCCUCACCAUGGCCUUGCCUUGUCUUCCCCAACCCUCGUCAUCCACUCCACAGUCUCCUCCUGACCUUCAGCCUCCCAUCCCGACACCUGUUGUUAGCCCUAAGUCAUGCUUUGUGAUGAGUGUAAAUAAAAUUGGGCUGUGGCUUGGGAA